GUGGGGGAAGCGCAGUGCUAUGAGGAGCCUCAUCUGAAACGCACGCUUAACACAGGGGGCGAUUCGCUGGCUGAGGCGUUCGUGCAAGUCGUCUAUGCAAUGUACGGAUACAUGACAGACACUGACAAGGCUGAUAUUUUUCUUUUCAACUUUUGCACGGAAUUCUUGGUUGUCAAGACCAUUGAGAUGAUUGAGUUUGAUGCGACCAACUUUAAAAUCAAGGCUAUCGGGCGAGGAGAGACAUUUGACAAGGCAAAGCACGGCCAAGGCACCGAGGUCAAGGCCAUCACCUAUUCCAACAUGCAAAUCCACCAGGACCCGGCCACCGGGAAGUGCGACAUUUACGUCAUUGUGGACAUUUAG